AUGAAGUACAUUGCUGCUGCUCUCGCCUUCGCCACGGCCGUUGCCGGUCACGGCUAUGUCAACAACGCCACCAUCGGCAACAAGGCCUACACCUUCUACCAACCUUACCAGGACCCGUACACGAGCCCUGUUCCCCAGCGUAUCUCCCGUGAGAUCCAGGGCAACGGCCCGGUCCAGGAUGUAACCUCUGCCGAUCUUCAGUGCGGUGGCUACACCGAGGGUGGCAUCGUUGGCUCGAAGCCUGCUGCGCUUCACGCUGAGGUUGCUGCUGGCUCCGAAGUCGACCUCUACUGGACCCUCUGGCCCGAUAGCCACGUUGGUCCCACCGUCACCUACAUGGCCAAGUGCCCUGAUGCUGGUUGCAACAACUACAUGCCCAACAACACCGCCGUCUGGUUCAAGGUACAGCAAACCGGCCGCACCGGCACCUCCAACACCUGGGGCGCCACUCCCCUCAUGAAGGCCGGCGGCGUCGUCACCUACACGGUCCCCAGCUGCAUCCCCUCCGGCAACUACCUCGUUCGCCACGAGAUCAUCGCGCUGCACGCCGCUUACUCUUACCCCGGUGCCCAGUUCUACCCUGGCUGCCAUCAGCUCAAGGUCACCGGUGGCGGCAGCAAGACCCCAACUGGUCUCGUUGCUUUCCCUGGUGCUUAUAAGGGAACUGAUGCUGGUAUCACUUACGAUGCGUACAAAGCCCAGACUUACACUGUUCCUGGACCGGCUCUGUUCACUUGCUAG